AUGAGACUUAGUGCUGCUGCAGCCAAUAGACUUAGAGACCAGAAUCCCGGAAUAACAGACCUAAGUGAUCCGAACCGUCCCCUGAAAUUAGCUGAAAAGGUGUCCGAGUUGUAUGACAACGAAUGGACAAACGCCAUGGAGAAUUUAGAAUCUGAGCUUAAUAUUCAAGAGGAAAAAGGGAUAAAAAUUUUAUUAAAAAUUAUUAAAAAUGUUUUUGACGCAUGCGCUGAGUUUGGAGACAACCACCUACAAUCCUUCCCUGACAUGUUGAUUUUACCUCCAUCUUUUAUAAAGAGAGGGGAAGAAAAAAUGAUCAGCAUUAGAGAUCUACCCUCUGAAAUGCUUAAACCAAUGAAAGAUUUUCGAAAAUCGCAUGCAAAACACGCAAUAAAUCAUUUGCAAAAGUUCUUUUCCACAGAUGAAGGAAAGCCGAAAUUGCACAUAAAGGAAAAAGUAUUCAAGGCCUGUGAAGAAUACGUGAAUAAGUGUAUAGAGCUUUGCUGGAUGAUGCGCAUUCAAGAUCCACCAAUUUACAUGGAAACAGAAUACCCGACUAAUUCAGAAUUUGACUCAAAUAAAAUGCGAUCGUACACAAAGGCAGGAAAAUUCAUACAUUUUGUUGUAUGGCCUACUUUUUUCCUGCACAAGGAUGGUCCACUGUUGGCAAAAGGGGUAGUGCAAGGGAGCAAAACAGAAAUAAAAGAUAUAAAAGAAAUCAAUGGCGAUGAAGAGUGUAGUUCGUCAAGCUCUGACUCUGACGGUGAAGAAUUUGAUGACGCCCGGUCACGAACAGAUUCACAGCCAAGGGAUAAUCUAAAGAAAACCGCCUCUCAAGAUGACGCGGAGCCAAAUCAGCAAGGGAAUAAAGAAAUCUCACAAGAAGCAGAUGGAACAUCAAUCAAUGAAACGAAUGACAAACCAGAGGGACCAAAUGACACCAACGACAUCGCAAAGGGGCCAAAUAACACCGACACCACACCAGAAGAACCAAAUAACACCGACACCAAACCAGAAGAACCAAAUAACACUGACGAAAAACCAAAGGAACCAAAUAAUGAUUUGCAUAUCAACCAAUCAAAGCCGCAAGGAAGUGAAGCAGCUGAUCAAGAGGAACCAGUUAACUCAGACGAGACAGAGGGAGAAGACGGGAGUGAAAGGGCUGCUGAGCAGAGAGAUGCAUCCGUUGACAAAACACAAAAUAAGGCAGAGGAAACAGAUGUAUAGAUGACUUGAUACGCUGAGUUUCUUGUAUCUCUGUAUCCUAUAUAUAUACAUAUAAAAAUGCUUUAUUUGCCAAAGAUGUAGCCUGUAUCUUCUUGUUUGAUUCACUGUCCUUGUAAAUAAUUGUUAUUUGGUAAGUAAGUUUGAGAAGUGAUUCUGAGACUGGUAAUUAAUGAAUUAUUUAUUUAAUUAAUCGGCAGUCAAUAACUGGUUCUUCUUAAUUAAUUGAACAUUCAUUCCGAUGGGACUUGACUAUCCAGUGAUUCAGAAAUAUCUACAUAUACAUGUAUUCUUUUGUAGAUUUUGCAUAUCAUUCUUUGUCGGUAGAUGUUUGUCUUAUUUGUAUGUUGCAGCUAAUUAUUUUGUUAUUAUGAUCUAUACAAUGUAAUAAAAUACCAGAGGUUGUAUUAGCUAAAGUAUUUAAAAACAAUGUUAUUAUCAUAUAUUUGUAAAAUUCACUUUUUGUAGUUUAGAGAACAGAAA